UGAAACGUUAUUAGUCGAUAAGUUGGGUGGACGGAGUUUGGAUCCGUGGACGACGCUUUCACCUGCUAACCAGUUUCAAAACAUUUGUGCAAGAGACUUGAUUAUUAUUAUUAUUAUUAGUAGUAGUAGUAGUAGUAGUAGUAGUAGUAGUAGUAGUUGUAGUAUUGUUCUUUGGAUACGUGGGAUCCCACUGAUGAGAUGGGGAGCCAAACGAUGCUACGAAUUCUCCUACUGACGGGAUUAGCGACUCUUUGUACUGCCGAAGUCGAUAUUGGCUACAACCGUCGAAUAACUCAAGAGGAACGGGACAAAGCAUUCGAACGCUUAGCUGAAUGGAAGGGAAGGAAGGCCAGUGAUCCUCUCUGUGAACCACCGAAUCCUUCUGAUAGCAAUUCAGAUCCGCCCUUCCCCCGGUUGCCCAAGUCCUACAUAACGCGAAUGGAAAUUGCUUUCCAAGAUAACAUGACGGUCAUCGAAGGGGAAGAGAUGUUUGACGGGGUCAAGAACGCUGGAGUCCUGAAGUACAAACUAGCCGAGGGAGUAUUCUCGAAGCGCCCUCAUGUCUUCCAAGAGGAGAUCCACUACUCAGUGCCCAACAACGAGGCCCUUUUCAUAUUCGGUAACAACGCAUGCGAGGAUGAAGGAGGGGAGGACUGUCACCCACUUAAACUCUGCUUCGGCGGCGACUUGAGCGACCUGUCCGAGGAAAUGAAGAACCUGCUGGGUUACAGCGACCUGAAUCCUGACGAAGGCUUCAUGGGAGCUGGAGGGAUACUGCAGUGGGGUCCUGAGUACGGAUACACGUACCAUUCCGUUAAGGACUGCAGGGGCAUGUACUGCGACGUGUACGAGACGUGCGUGAAAGUCGACGACUCCGAUAACAGGCUUCACAUCGUCUAUUAUUGGUCACAGGCUGACUGGAGUCUGAACACGAAACACGAACAAGUGCCUGUUGCCAUUGAGAUGACGUCCUCGGGAACGAUGGAUCCAGUGACGGUUAAACCUUUCAGGAUACGAUAUGACUUCUAUGAUUUCGUCAGGGAGGCCAAACCAGAUGCCGCUUCUUUGGAGCCUCCCAACGACGUCUACUGCUACGGCAUGAAAGACGGCACUCCUCCCCCGGCUACCAAGAACUACUUCGCCUACAAAUCGGAGACUGUGACCGGGUUCGAUGUGGUUGUGCCCGAUGGAGAAAAUCAGACCACUACCAUUCAGUUCACCGCUGCCAUCAAUCAGGAGGAAUUCUACGACUGGGACCAAAAAAUCGCCACCUCAGAAUUCGUCCCUUGGUUCUUAUUCACGGAAGAAAGUCGGUACUUACACAAGACGAAGAGAGUCCAGGACUUCAAUCAAGGUCUCCACUACUCAAUCAAGAUCCAUCUGCACAGGUGCAUCAUCAGACCCAUAGAGAAUCUGACCACCUUUGGUGACGUCAUCGUCAAUGAAGACGGCACGAUUGAGAUGCUUCCUCCGUGGAUGUUCGAUCACAUGGACGAGCCGAUGAAGUAUACCGGGAAGCACUGGAUACGAGGCAUGGAAACCGACGCGUGGAUUGGCACUCAGAAGAACCCGAUCAUUACUUUUCUAAAUAAUUCUUACGUUUGGUACUACACGUCGCCUUUCACAGCAGACCCAGAUUCUUUGGAAGCCAAGAGUGGUAACGCUCAACCAUACUCAAUGGACCCGAUACCUGUUUAUUUUGAAAAAUACUUGUCAUUGUUCGAGGCUUUGCCACAUAAAAUCUACAAUAUUUACGCUUAUGAGGACGAACCUCCGAUGACACACACCAUUGACGUCUCUCCUUGUUACGCAAGCGAUCAGAUGCUCCAUUUCACCCUUGACCUCCCAGCAGACACGCUGCAGAAGAUCAAGUUUCUGAGAGACCAACUCAGAUACGUCACGCAGAUCGUCCUGGCCGGGUUCGGAGAGGUGUCUCCGCUACGGAUCAACCGACUUGUGCUUGACGAACGUCCAGAUGUAAUCAGAGUCCUCUUCACGAUUUUGGACAGGCCCACCGUAGAGGGGGACGGUUCCGGAGCCGAAGAAGAGAGCACCAUGCAAGAUGCAGCAUCCAAAAUCAACGAUGCUCUUAAGAAUCACCAAGUGAUCAUCUUAAUCCCAAUCAGCGCGAACGCAGACCCUGCGGUUAUCACCAUUUUGCCGGUUUCCACCAGUCUGACGCCAGUGAGCCGGGCAAACGAACACCAGUACACGACUGUACACGAUAAAGGAUACAACUCAGGAUCUAUGGCUGGUAUGGCCUUCGGGAUGCUCUUCGCAGGAGCUGUCGUGGCGCUAGGGACCGGCAUGGUACUGCGGAAGCGAAAGACGAAAUCUGAUGAUCUUCCAAGAGUGGCGGCGGGUCUAAAAGCGUCCGAAACUCCAGGUGUCUACCUAUCCGGCAACUUGGCAGCAGAAGCCGAUACCUGAACGUCUCGAAACGAAAAAAGGGAUUGCCUAAUUGUUUGUACUUGUCUAUUGCGGCAGUAACUGGUUUGCUAUCUUGGCGAUUCUGCUCUUUGGUGUUAAGGAAUUGAGGCUAGUGAGGUCUACGUCUAGGUAUUUACUUUCUCAUUACCAUUUAUUUAUUUUAAUAAAACGUUCGCACGUAGUAUGGAAGCAGCACCUAGUAAAUUAUAUAGUAAGAUUCCAAGAACGUAAUGUAUCUUCUCAAAAUUAAAUAAUAUCAGAACUAUGAGAACCGUGA